GCCGGUCCACAGGAGCGAGGCAACCGACUGGCCAGGGGCGCCAUGGACCUGGUCAUCACUCAGGAGUUGGCCCGCGCUGAGAAUCAGCAGGACGCUGCCUCCCUGAAGAGGGCUUACGAGUUGAUUAAGUCCGCCAGCCUGGGGAGAUCGGAGUUUGACCCCACUGAGAGCUUCAGCCCUGACCUGUUUGUUCUGUGUGCGGAGCAGGCCCUGAAGAUGGGGCAGCCAGAGGUGAGCGAGGACUGCAUCCAGAUGUACUUCAAGGUGAAGGGGCCCGUCACCCAGUUUCUGGGCCGAGCGCACCUGUGCAGGGCCCAGCUGUGUGCCCCCAAGUCCACAGAAAACCUGGAGGAAUUUGAAAAUUGUGUGACUCAGUACAUGAAGGUGAUCAACUUUGCGAAAGGGGAACCGAGGUAUCACUUCUUGGUGUUUAACGCCUCGGUCCUCUACUGGCGCAUGGCGAGGCCCUUCCUCAAGCCUGGCUGCUCUCACCGCCUGAUCGCCAGCCUCUCCCAGAUGGUGAAUGUGUUAAAUCAGUUGGAGGAGGAGGACACGGAGUGGCGGGCGGAGCUGAUGCUGGAGCUGCUGGACUGCUACCUCCACGCGGGCAGGAGAGACGAGGCCGCCACGCUGUGUGCCACGGCCGCGCCCUUCAUAAAGGCCUACGUGCCACACAGGUACCGCCAGGUGUUUGCCAUCAUGGUACAACAUGAAUUAAUGGACGAGCUUCAGUUAAAAGAAGAAAAGAAAACUUCCACUAGCCUGUCCGUCACUUUCCACAUGAAUGUGCUGAAAGCAAAAUUGGAUAAAAAUGAUUUACCUGAAGACGUCAACAAAAUUCUGAAGAAGACCUAUACAGAGUUAGGUCAUUGCGAUCACCAGAGCACCCCUUCCAUCAGAGAGGAAAAAAUCCUUUUGCUUUUUGAAUUAGCUCAUCUUUCUUUAACCUUGAAAUGUGAGGAGGUCUCCUCUGGCUGCCUCUCAGACUUGAAGAAAAUUGACAGUGAGGAUCCUGGGACGCUGAUUGAAAUUGAAUGCCUGGAGUAUGAAUUAGAAGCCCUGAGACUUGAAAAGAAAAUGAGAACCUACACUCGAGCGGCGGUGGAGGCACAGCUGAGCAUGAUGCAGAGACUGGACGUCGCACUCCAGCGAGCCUCCCGCCUGGGCGACCCCCGGGUCAUCCAGGUGGUGUGUGCGACCCAGUGGAACCUGUGUCUCCCUUUGCUGCAGCACAACCUGCGGCAUCACCUGCGGAAGUCGCUGACCAACAUCGCGGACAUCCUGGAGAAGGUGGACAGCCUCCUGGUCCUGCUGCGCUGCCAAGUGCACAUGGAGCUGGCCCAGAUUGCCGAGGACGAGGACCGGCUGGAGCCCGCCAUGCAGCACCUGCACAAGGCCAUGCGACUGGACAGCUGCGGCCUCUACCGGGAGGAGCUCAGCUCGGCCCUGAACCGGCUGCGUCUCUGCACUUUGCUGUACCAGUGCCCCGGGCGCGCCGAGGAUAAGGCCACCUUGGCCGUCGAGCAGGCCAAGAAAGCUGGCCCCAAGGACAGCGUCCGGAAGAAGCGGGCACUGCUGGUGGACGCAGGCCUGGCCCUGGCCCCCGACACCUUCCAGAUCGUGCUCGACAGCGAGAACGAGGCCAAAGUUUUCACCGGGAAAAACAGGGGCCGCUUCAGCUUCCUGUUCGCGAAGGCUCGUCACCACAGCAUCAGCGUGGACAAAGCCGCCGGGCACUUGCGGCGCUUGGGGAAUGAGAAUGACAAGGAGAGGAUACAGAUUUGGGCGGAGCUCGCCAAAGUUGCCUGGAAGCAGGGCGUGUGGGAUGUGUGCCGCGCAGCAAGCCGUUUCUGUCUGCUGUAUGACAGUGUCAAGACGAAGAAGCCAUCACGGAUGAAGAGAGGAAGGAAGAAGCGGGGCAGGGACAGCUUGGGGCAGGACACCAGUGGCCAGUCGGCGUGCCUGCUGCAGAGGCCGACACACUCCAGCCUGCUGCGGAAGCUCGCGGAGGUGGCCUUCAUUGCCGCCGAGGCCACUGUCCACUUGCUGCAGUCAGAAGGUGUACAGCUAAAUGAGCGUCCCAACCCCCCCGAGGACUUGAGCCAGCACUCGGCCGGCUACAUGCCCGAGUCCCCAGAGGAGAACGCGGAGUGGGUCGUGUAUAGGACAUGGAUCGAGGGCCUGUCGCAGUACGCCAUGAGCAGCUGGCUGCGGGCUGCAGAGAUCGGGCAGGAGCUGCAGGAGGCCUGGAUCGUGCAGAACGCGGUGGUGUCCAUCCUCAACCACAACCGCCACCUGCUCGCCGCCGGGCGGCAGAGGGAGCUCGUGGAUACCUUGCAGCAGCUCCUGAGCAUCGUGAAGGCCACCGGCCACAGCGGCGACUCCCUCAUGUUGGUGAUGCUCUGCAAUGCUUUGGCUCGUGGCUUGAUCCUCGGCUGGAUUCCAGCCCAGACACCGGAAAAAUCCAGAAGAGUCAUGCGACCAAACCUUUCUCAUGCACCGCUGGACUCAGGGGCCACCUCUGAAGUCAAGGCCGCAGUGGAGGUCUGCGAGUUCGCCCUGAGCCUGACCAGCGGGGUGCAGCCCGACGAGGCCGUGCCCACAGAAGCGCGGCAGCAGCUCAUCGCCACCUGGGUGAAAGCCAAGCAGUUGCUGCAGCAGCAAAUCGGUCCGCGGCUGGGCACAGACGAGCAGAGCACCAACGAGGACGUCAGCUCGGUGACCAGAGUCCUUGUUGCUCUGGAGAUGUACUCCUGCAACGGGCUGGGCCUCAUGGACUUCACCGUGCCCCCUGUGGCCCAGCUGGUGAAGAUGGCCUCCGAGUGCAGCUGGGCAGACCCCCUGGUGGAAUUGCAGACUCUGAUGCGCCUGGCCCACUUUGCCCACGCGGCCCACGACCACGCGCUCACCAUGGCAUGCUCGGAGAAAGCCACCCAGAUGGGCAUCAGGUCCCUGAGGACGUUCAGUCGGGUGCAGGCCCAGCUGGUGGCAGAGGUGCUGAGCAGCACAGCCUGCAUCCAGGGCAUGAGCCUCAUGGAGAACCUGAAGGGCAGGAAGUGGCUGCGCCUGGCGGCCGCCAAGGCCUUCACAGAGGGCGUGAGGUUUGGGGGCAUGGCGGGGAACAGUGGCCUGGUCAUGCUGGCCACACGGCACUACUGGAACGCCUGCCUGCCGCUCCUGUCCUCCGCCGUGAGCAGGAGGCAGUCCAAGGGCACCAUCCAGAGGGUCGUCAGUAUCAUCAACAAGACGGAAGCGAAAAAGCAGGAAAAAGGAAACGUGCAGCUUCUGCACCAUUGGCCGACAGCGCACUUCCAGAAUGGAGGGACCACUGAUGGGUCUUUCCUCCCAGAGGCCGAGGAUGACCUGACACUGCGGGCUGCGCUCUACGGGGUGCUCUUCCACUGCCACGCCGACUGCAGCGACUGGGAGGGCGCCCUCAAGGUGCUCGGCGAGGCGGUGCAGGUGCUGCCGCGGACUGCACACCGUCUCUUGAUUUUCAAACAUAUGGUUAUCGUGAAGGCCAAACUAGGCCAGAAUUUCAUGAUGGAGAUACAGAAAUUCAAAGACGAGAGUGAGGACUAUUUGGCACACAUGUGGCAGCGCCUGGCCUGGAACUCCAAGGACCUCUCUGGGGAGCUGAGCUGCUAUCACAACGCGAUUCAGGCCUUACAGAAGCCAGAGAGCGAGUGGCAGAAAGUUGACUACAUCGUGGAGUUCAGCAAGUGGCUGUACUACAGACAGUUCCCCAUCGAGGACGUGGCUUUCCACCUGAACUGGGCGAUCGACAUCCUGCUGGGGAUGAAAGCCGCCAGGGCCACACCUCAGCCAGGAGGCGGGCACUCGCCCACACUCGCCCCAGAGAGUCCCGUGUCCGAGGACACAGGGACAGUCUCUUUGGAGAAGCUUCGAAAUGUGAGGCAGUUGGAAGCGCUGGCCCAUGCCUACAUCCUGCUGGCCCUGAUGACGUCCCCAGGCGCGGCCGGCUACCAGGACCACUGUCUCAUGGCCUACGCGUUCCUCAGGCGCAUCUGGCAGGUUUCUUUAUUAACUGCAGGAAAAUCCAUUUCAGAAAGUAGAAUUACAGUAGCAGCUAGUUCAAAUUUAUUGUUGCCUACAAAAGAGAAGGAGAGAGGCAAGAACAAGGACAGAGAGAAGAGCAAAGAAGCGAAGCAGUGUCCAACCCCGGUUCCCGGCACAGAACUGGGGGCUUUACCAGCGAGCGUGGAAGAAUGGGCCUCCUAUUGUUGCCCGGAAGAGGUGAUGGCUGUAUUCAGACAAGACAAGAGUGAGUUCACCAUUAACCCAUCCAGCAUCCAGAGGCCGACGUACAGCCUGUAUUACCUGGACCAGCUGGUCAGGUGCCUGCAGAAGCUGUCCCUUCAUGAGCUUGCGGUCCCCGUCCUGCAGCUGGCUGUGCUGAUCUCGGCCUCCGUGGUGGGCAGCAAGAGCCUGGAAGACCUCUACCACCUCCGACUUGCCCUGGUUUGCUCUGAAUUGAAGUUGAGAGAAGCAGCUGCUUUCCAUGAAGAAGCAGUCGGACAAGCCUACAUCGGUGACACAGAGCAGGCGAGCUGCAGAACAGAAAUUGCCUUGAAAAAGGAGAAGAAUAGGGAACCACGGUUAGAAGAAAGUCUGCCAACACUGAAUGAGCCCACGACUGCCGUUCAGCCCGCAGGGAUGAAGGUUCUGGUAGCAAAAGACAAGGUUUUGAAGAUAAACCAAGAGACUGGGAGAGGCCUGGCCAGCACGUCCUUUCCCCAACUGUGGAUGCUCAAAGCAGAAGUGCUGCUGGACAUGGACCAGUACCAGCCGGCGAGGCUGCUCCUGUCGGAGGCGUGCCAGGCCUUCCAGGAACUUGACGAUCCUUGUGCAGAAUCCAGGUGCCUGCACCUUCUCGCACAGUUGGCCAACAAGGAGAAGAACUACGGACAAGCCAAGAAGCUGGUGGAGCGGGCCCAGCGCCUGGGGGGUGGUGAGGAGUUUUGGUACAGCUCCACGCUGACUCUCGGAGAUGCCCUCUUGUCCAUGGAAAGCGAGGGGAAAGAAGUGGUCUGCCAGCUCUUUGAAAAGCUCAUCGAGGCCUUCACGGUUCUCAAGAAAGAAAGACCGAACCGAGCACCUGUAUUGGAAUUCAUGGCCACAGAUCUAGAAGCCAGGUGUGUGAGCCUCCGGAUCCAGGUGGCCCGGGCGUCCGCUGCCGGGGAAGCUUCCCGGUGCCAGGUCCUGCUGGACGACAUGGAUGACAGCUUGGUGGGGAUUGAGAGAAAGUUUAUCAGCUGUGGCUACAAAGAAAAUUGUGCGGCUAUAAAACUGGAACGUGCAAAUAUCAAGAGGUUUUGUGCCCGAAGUGAGCCAGACGAGGAGCAGAGGACGGCGUGUUACCUGGCGGCCUGCAGGCUGGCCCAGAGAGCCACGGCCGAGGUGGAAGAGCUGUUCCGCAGUGUCCAGGGCUUCCUGUCCUCUCAAGAUUUGCAGACCGUCAACUCGCCUCUGAUGAGGAAGCUGGCACACGUCAAACUCAGCCUGGUGGAGGUGUGUCUGGACACGCUCCAACUCACCUGGCAGGAGAGCCUGAAGCAGCAGUUAGAGCAGAGCUCCGCGGACAAACUGCUGGCCGCCUACCUGCAGAGCACGAGCGACUACACCCCCCUCGGCUUGGAAUGGUUCAUGCUGAAGCGGACCCUGGCUCACAUGGCGCUGGCACAGCUGGGGAGCCUGCAGCCGCUGUGCAACGGCUGCGUGGAGAACCGUGCCCGGCUCCUCGGCCUGGCGGGGAAGGCCCUCCACCUACUGGCCACACACACAGACCCUGUGUACCCAUCCUUCUACUGGGAGGAGAACCUCUUGGCGGGUGCUGACCUGAGCAGCCUCAAGGGUCUGGAGAUCAUCCAGGAUGAGGGCGACAGGGAGGAGCACUACGGCAGCCUACUGGCCUUCAGGGCAGCCCUGGAGGAGCACCGCGAGAAAGCCUCGGACCUAAAGAGGAGGCUGGCCCUCGCCCAGCAGUGCCUGGCCCAGGCAUCCGAGGUGCUGUUGCAGUGCCUGCAGGUGGCCCUUGGUAAUGGCCUCCUGGACAUCGCGGCAGCUGCCAGCCUGGAGAUGGUGGAGUGCGUUGGCACCCUGGACCCGGCCGCCACGUGCCAGUUCCUGGCACUGUCGCAGAGCUGCUCGGCCUCAGACAUGAUGCGGGGCGUUCUGCUCACGGCCACUGCGGACACCAGCAGCUCACAGCUGGCGGCCCUGCUGCAGCUCCAGCGCAGGCUGAGGUGCCAGGAGGGGACUUCCACCAGCCUGUCUGCCCGCGUGGAGCAGAGGCUGGCCGCCAUGUCCAAGGCUUGGCAGAAUCUCCAGGUCACUAAACAACACUUUAACCUCUUGAAUGAGAUUCCUCCCACUUUCCGGAUCAUCUUUCUGCAUCACUCACCGGACAGGACCCAUCUCUACGGCGCUGCCUACGAGAGUCCCAGGCUCGUCCGUUCAGCCAAAGGGAAGGAGCUGCAGGUGGGGGGCUUCUGCAAGGUGUCUCGGGUGGCGGUGAGCCCGGCUGCCUUCUCCUGCCUGUUGGCCAGCGCCCAGGAGUUCCGGGAACAGACCCAGGCUGAGGUGUACAGAGAGGACAUGGCCUUGGCCCCAGGCCUGACACCUUCCGAUCACGGGCUCUUUGGGCUGAGACAGGAGCAGGAAGGCAGGUGCCUUGAAAGGGAAAAGCUCUCUGUGCAGAGCUUCAGAAACACCCUGAAGGCCCUGGAGGACUACCUGCGGCCGCUAUUCCCCCUGCUCAGCUGCCGGGAGCCCAGAAUGCAGAGUCCCACGAUUGUUGCGGAUUUGGGGAAACCAAAGAGCAAGGACAAGGAACGGAACCUGUCGCUGCCCCUGGCUGAGCCCGAGGCUGCAGAUGCCGUCAUCCUCGUGGUGGACAGAUAUCUCCUAGAGUUGCCGCUGGAAGGCCUGUCUGUGCUCGGGGCGGCGGCGGUCUCCUCUGUGUCCCGGGAGUUCUCCCUCCAGAUGCUGUGGACCCGCCUCCACAAGGAGGAGACAGAAGGGAGCGUGAAAAAGGACACCAAAGGCAAAGAAUUCAGGAGGAGAGGUCCAGCAAAGAGGGGCCCGAAGGGCAGCGUGCCCCGGGCCACCUUCCCCGACUGCGUCACAGUCAACUCGGACACCUUCAAGUUCGUCGUGGACCCGUACAACGAGGCCCAGGGCACAGAUGAGCUGACUCCUGUCUCCGUGACCCAGGAAAUCCUGGACAAAUUCAGAGACACGUUCACUGCGCGAUGGACGGGACACCUGGGAAAUAAGCACUUGCCCAGCCAGGCCGAGUGGGAGCAGAUCCUGGGCAGCUGUGAAGGCUUCUUCUUCUACGGGAUGGAGAGCUUCCUGUCCCACGUGCUGGUGGAAAGGUUGGCGGCCAUGAACUUAGAGGCGUGCCACGUGAUGGUCCUGCUGGACCGCGCCCGGUCCUAUGAGAGCUUGCGGCGGCAGAUGGAGUCCUCAGAGAGCAAGAGUGCCGUGCAGCUCUCCUUAGAGGAGCCGGUCGAGACUGCUGUCCUUCUGAGCCUGGCAGGGGCCAAGAGCAUCCUGGCGAACCAGUGGCCAACACGCCUGCAGGACAAUGCGCUGCGGGCCCACGUCCUGUGGGAAAAUCUGCUGACAGUUGGUAAGCCAACUGGGAGAACGGUCCGUCUCCUUCAGAAGAUGGAAGCUGGCGGACUGGACGAGCUCGGGAGGAUGCUGGCCACGUGGAAUGACUCCACUCAGCGGGCUCACAUCCCAGCCGAGGAAGCCACAGGCCUCCCACGUGACCUUCCAGCCGCCCAGGGAGGCCUGCCUGGCUCUGUCCCCAAGCCGGGACCCUCCCCAGCCGGAGCUUUCCUGCCACCACGGCAUCAAAGUGGGGCCGUGUCUUCAGCCAGGGACCUGAGAUGCGAAGACAAGUGGACGAGAGCCACUGGGCAGAAGCAGCCUGUGUGUGCUGCAGGUGAGGGGACCCUCCCAGUGCUGGCUCUGUCCUGUGUUUUCUCAGUGUCGGGCAUCAAGCAGCAUAAAGGAAGGGGGGGCGUGCUCCCUCCGCACGGAAGGCCCAGGUCGAGGAGCACCUUCUGACCCUCUUGCUGGCCCCUCUGACCCUUGGCACGUAUCUGUCCCACUCUGGGGACCACACAUCAGUAGGGCUCAGCAGGGUUUGAUGGGGACCCCCACACUCCAAACGCCCCUUGGCCAUUUGGUCGGCACUGAACUUGCCAGCCCUGUGUCCCCGUCCCGUGGCAGGUCCUGGGAUUCUGAGGGGACCUGUGCAGGGGGUGGAGCUGCUGGCUCCAGUCAGCGCUGCUUCUGGGCUGAGUGGCUGGCGGGGGAGCCAUCGAGCGGGAGGAGUCAGGAUCCUGAUGCCCCUGAGUCACGGCACCGGAGACGACAAAGUGAACAUGCAGUGUUGUCAGCUCCGGGAUGGUGCUGUAGGAGUGGCUGUAGGAGGACCCAGAGUCCUGCGUUUGUCCAGCCUGCUGACCACCUCACGGUGUGGUCAUCUCCGAUGGCUGAACUGGGAGCCCUUCGCAUGGGGUGCCCGGUCCUGUCCAGCACUCCCCUGCUGAACUCUGAGCACAGGUCAGGCGUCUGAACAGGAGUCACGACCCCAAGCAAAGCCUUGCCCCCUGCCUGCCUCAUCUGGAGACUUGUUUGGCCUCUGAGCACCAGCUGUGGUGCCACCUGGUACCUGGCAGCCCCCCCAAGGGCCAGAGGAUGCCAGACCCCAGGCCAAGUGACUCCUGGUAGCCAUGUGGGCUGUGGGGCCAGGAGUGGAGCAGAUGGGAGAUGGCAUGAGCAUGGGGGGUUCUCCUGGUGCACAUGAGGGGCUGGGGCCCGAGUCACCCUGACCUCAGGCCCUGACGAGGCUGCAUCACGGCAAGGUGGCCUUGUCCCUGCUCUUAGAUGCAGAGGGCCCAGUCCAAACAGGCAAACAAACAGGAGCACAAGUUAAGACAAUGACGAGCUGUCCCUACCAUAGCUACUGAAACAGCUAAAAUAAAAACAGGGCCAACACCAAGCGCUGGUGAAAAUGCACAGAAAUGGUCUCCCACGCAUUGCUGGUGGGGCAUGAAAUGUGCUGCUAUUCUGGAAACAUCCACUCAGAACGUGCAUAAAAACAAGCACAGGGCCCACCGUCGCACCCCCAGGUGUCACCCUGGAGACGUGCACACACACGUCCACGCAAACACAUGCAAAUACACGUGCACGGACAUCGACAGCGGCUUCACUGUCUCACAGCAAGGAACGGGAGAGCCCGCGUGAAUAACAGCUGGCCAGCGCAUGUGCUCAGCGGAGCGUGCUC